GGCCUAUACGUAGUAGUGUAGUGUUGACAAAAAAAAAAAAAAAAGAAUACGCACACGCACACCGUCUAAAAUAAAACAACAACAACACCAACUACUACAUCAAGUGAAAAUGUACUUAAAAAAAAAAUGCAAAUAAAUAUGUCAGCAAAGUGAUAAAACCCAAUAAAAGUCAUUUGUUAAUUUUCACCGAAUAAAAUUUAUGAACGCAAUACAUUUUAUUGCAUUUGAAUGCAAUUGCACUCAUACAUAUAAAGUGCAAUAUCGUACAUGCAUGUAUGUGUGAACCUAUCCAUAAAGCAAAAUAUCAGAUCAAAUUCAAUGUUGUUUCCCAUUUUUCCUAUAGCACAUCAACAAAAGUGAAAAAAUUUUAUAAAAAAAAAAAUCGCGGAAAUUCCCAGUAAAUGUAGUAAAGAAAAAGAAAAAAAAUAUGAAUUAUGAUUAUUUGAAAAGCAUUUCACGUGGAGGCAAAACAAACAAAGAGCAAAAACGGCAGAAAUAUUUUCAAAGAAAACAAAUCACAGUAAAAGGCAAAGCCAAUAUUGAUUUGUGAGCCAAUAACAAAUGAGAUACGAACUCACACACACACGCACACAAAUACACUUUCAUUCAAUCAUUGUGUUCACCAUUGCAAAAGGAGUUAAUAACAUUGAAUGCAAUGCUGUUAAUAAUGCUGAUGCAAAGCCAAUCGAUUAAGCAAACAAAUGAUCAAUAAAACGAAAAAAAAAAAACUCAUCAAUUCAAGUGAUAAAAACGCAUCGAACCACAUACACACACACACACACACACACGCAUACUCAAAUUCACCCACAGAGGAAGAACACUAAAUACAAUAGUUAAGUAAAUGAAUGAAUGAAUGGCCCGACCAUAAAAUCAAUGAACAAUUUCCAGGAAAUAAAGUUAAAAUGCAGUUUUACUUGAAUUCAAAAUAAAACUCAAACAAAAUGAAAAUGUGCGGAAUUUUAAAAGCUCACUAUAACAGCAAGAACAACAAUCCAGUGCUUCGGUCAAAUGAAAGAAGCCCAAAAUAAACGAAAUUAACUAAAAACCCCCAUAAAUUCUUCAAGCUAACAACGAGGAACCGCAAACACGUAAAAGCGUCGGUUCGAUUGUUACGCAGCAAACACACGCACCGAUGAGCGAGGGCAAAACGGCGAACAAGGGAAAAAUGUAUGCGACUUAUUCGACGACAACAACAUUUUGGAUACUCUGUCUGACAUUUGUCAGCAUUCAUCACAGUCAUCAUCAAUUGAAGUACGCCAAUGGGGCGGCCAUUGUUACUUUGCCGCAGCCUCGACCAAGGGCGGAUGCGAUACCACAAUUCAGGCCUCUUCCCGAGGCAACCACUAAGGAAGUAAUAGGUGAUGUUGAACAACCUGAUAUCGCCACGCAAUCGGAAGGCAUUCUUCAAAGGCGCCCUCCCAAAGAGGGGGCGGCAGUGUGGAGUGCGGCAAAGACCAUAAAAGAAAAUUCAAUAAAAUCGAUUUUAGCUCUUCAGCUCAAGGAGAAGACACAAAAGUUGAACGACACCCGGGGUGGGGGUGGGGGUGGUGAUGACACCCACCGUCAGGGGGCGAUAACAACUGACAACACUCCGGACUCGACGAUGAAAUUAACAGCACUCAAGAAACAGAGUGAAAACAAUCAAGUCUAUGUUAAGCACUUUAAACAAAAGAUUGAUGGGGACUAUUUGAGCAAGGACUUUAAAGAAAAUCUACAGCAGCUUUUAAAGAGCAGCGACGACAAUGAUAAUGGCAACCACAAGACACAAGGCACCAUUGCUGGUGGCAGUAGCCCCAGCGGCAGCAGCAGCAGUAUUAAUAAAUCACAAAACGAUAAUGGAUAUCUUAUGGCCACUUCGACCAGCUCGACUAUGAAGCGAGCUGCUUCCUCACCGGCCACACCGCAGGCACGAACCACUUCAAUGACACAUCCGUUCUCCAGCUAUGGCCAUGGCUAUGGCUAUGGCAGCGCCACCAAUACUAGCUUCUCCAACAAAGGAUAUGGUUCGGCCAAGCAGCAGUUACCACUCCAGGAGGGGCGACGUCACAUUGUGCCUGAAAAACUGCAAUACACCGAAGAGAUUACCAUCAAGCAGGGUCGCCUUAUGGGCAUUAGACGUAAUUUUCAUUCCUCUGCAGGCAUACGUGAUGUUGAUCAAUAUCUUGGUAUACCAUAUGCCGAGGCACCAGUGGGCAGUCGCCGAUUCAUGCCACCAGGUGCUGCACUGCCUUGGCAAGGCUUAAAAAUGGCUCAUCACCUACCACCGGUGUGUCCUCAAAAACUGCCGGAUAUUUCACUUCAAGGCACAGCUAAAAUGUCCAAAAGUCGUUAUCGCCAUUUGACACGUUUGCUGCCCUAUCUGAAAACGGAAAGUGAGGAUUGUUUGUAUCUGAAUGUCUAUGUGCCAAAUGCAAAUCAUGGAGGCGGUGGCAGCAGCAGCUCUUCAUCCACCACCACGACCACCACAGGCUCAACCUCGUUUGAGUCAGAGGAUGAGGAUGAGUUCGACCGUCAUCCUUUGUAUCCGGUUGUUGUGUACAUACAUGGCGAGUCAUUUGAAUGGAAUAGCGGAAAUGCCUACGAUGGCUCCGUUCUGGCCAGCUACAGUGAAGUUAUCGUAGUGACUGUAAACUAUCGCAUUGGAAUUUUAGGCUUCAUGCGUCCCAGCAUUAAUGAGAAUACAGUUGCCAACUUUGGCCUAUUAGAUCAGAUAGCCGCUUUACACUGGAUAAAGGAGAACAUUCAUUCAUUUGGCGGCGAUAAGGACAGUGUCACCUUAAUGGGACACUCCACCGGUGCGGCCUGUAUCAACUAUCUUAUGAUCUCCCCAGUUGCCUCCGGUUUAUUUCACCGUGCCAUUCUGAUGUCCGGCUCGGCUAUGUCUGAUUGGUCAGCAACUAAUCAUUCGAUGCAGCUCACCAUGCAAAUUGCCCAUGGCCUUAAUUGUCCUCUUAAUGAUGACAAUGAAGAGAUGUUAUCGUGUUUGCGACAAAAGCGCUACCAGGACAUUUUGAAGAUACCAACAUCUUUGUCACAGUUUUCAACAUCGUUGGGUCCCAUUGUGGAUGGCCAUGUUAUUCCCAAUCAACCCUAUAAAGUAAUGGGCCAAUACACGGAACAUUUUAGCCGCUAUGAUUUAUUAUUUGGCAUCACCGAGUCUGAGUCGUAUCAUUCGUUGGGCGCUGAGGCUCUGGAUGAAGGAUUGCGUGAAAACGAACGCGAUAAUUUAUUGCGUUUCUAUAUGCAGAGUCGCUUUGAUGUUCGACCCGAUCUGGCGUUGGCGGCCACGCUCAAAAAAUACAGUGACAUGUACACCAACCCCAUUAAGGCUACAAAUAUGGAGCAUCGCGAUGUAGUGUUGGAUAUAUUGUCAGAUGCCCGUGUGGUAGGACCACUCAUACAAACCGGCCUCUUUCAUGCUGAGGUGAAUCGUCGAAAUUACAUGUAUGUCUUCGGUCACAACAGCUUCGGAGGACCUCAUGCCGUGCUACCCCACAGCAUAGCGGGUGAGGAACUUGCCUUCGUAUUUGGUGCACCACUUUCUUCGGCCGGCCUCUUUCAUGGCAUUCACUAUACGGCGCAGGAAAAACUUUUGGCGGAGGCUGUCAUGUCGUAUUGGUGUAACUUUGCCAAGACGGGAAAUCCAAAGGCACCCUGGAAGGAGAGCUUCAUAAAUUUGCAUGCCAUGGAAUGGGAUCGCUAUGAUUUAGAAUGGCCAGAAUUCAAUAAACGUUCGCAGGCGUACAUGAAUAUUGGAAUACCACCAUCCAUCGGUUAUAAAUAUCGACAGGUUUACAUGCAUUUUUGGAAUAAGGAAUUGCCCGAUGAGCUCAAUCAAAUUGCACACAUACAACAGCAACCCUUCCUGGAGGCGAACUAUGCAAACACGAUGCCAUCUCUGCCAGGAACCACGGCGAUUUAUCCCAAACCUUAUGGCGGCAGUGAGGUAAUAACCGGCCAUAUGAAUAAAUUCGGAGCACGUGAUGAUGGCGCAGAGGAUCCGGUGAGAACGUUGAAGGUGCUCAUGCAGCAGCCAACCGGCCGGCAAAAGGCUGGGGAGACAGCCGAGAACAUGUACAAUGCACCGCCCUCCACCACCUAUGUGGGCAAGGUGCGCCAUCGACCAUCGACCUCCGGCGAGGAUGGCGAAGGUGAUGAGGCACGUAGCUACGAAAUGGGUUACAAUAACUUUGGCUUUGCUGCCCGGGCACCCACGACAUCCGCCUCAAUUUAUGGCAUACGCCACUAUGAUGCAGGAGCAAACGGCAUGGCAGGCAAUGGUCGUGAGCAAACACCUUAUGGCCACCCUUACCCGAACGGAAAUAGUGGCAAUUAUGCCAGCGAAGACAAUAAGGCUGACGAUGGCAUGGCCGAUGCCGAUAGCCAGCAGGAGCAUGUGGCCAAGUCGGAAACCACGUUGCAGCUGCUGAUAGGUCUCAUUAUCAUUUUCAUAAUAUUGAAUGUCAUCAUCUACUCGACGAUACUGAUGCAAAAGAAAAAGAAGACACAGACCAUACAGCGCAAGCUGGGCACCGGCAUCCUCACAGCCUACGAUGGCACCAACGAUGACGACCUGAAGCGCUCCAAGCCCAGCACUCAUCAGGAUGAUGGCGACAGCUACAUCAUGGAUGCCAUGAGGAAGUCCAAUACCUAUGAGGCAGUCAAGACGGAGCGGAUAUCCUCGAAUGGCUUCAAAAUGACGCGCCAGUUGAGUUGUUCCACUGUCGACACACACACCAAGGUGAGUGAGUGGAUGUGCACCACGGGUCAGAAUAAAGUGGCCUUGCCACGACGACCCAGCAGCAAUAAGGACUCCAAGAAAUCAUCAUCAUCUUUCUCCUCCCUGGGAGGCAGUGGUGGCUCCUUUGGCAAGCACCCCCUCAAGGUGAGCGUGGCCAUUGAUGCCACCUCGGAGACAAGGGGCAGCAGUGUCAUGGAACAAGAGCCCAUAGAGGUGACCAAAAGUAAAAAUGAUGGACGCAAUCGCAUUAUUUGCCAAGAAGUGGAGGUGGAUGACCAAGAGCUACUCACACCCCAGGACUCCUUGGACAACAGUCGUUACACCCUCAUGCGUCAGCACUCUACGGUGACUGAGGCCUGCGAGGGAGAGCUUAUACAGCCCAUGCACUACCACUCAAGAUCAGAUCCCGUUGACAUCUACUACAGCCUUGAUCCCGAGUCUGAGGAAAAAGUCACCAGUUUUAUGCAGUCUGACUCGGCGCAUGAUGAUCAAGACAUCAAUGUCACCAGCAAAGAUGACAAUGAUGAAUGGCCGGUGGAGGCUUUAACUCCGGCACAGCAAAUGGAUGUCAUCAGGCGUAAGAAAUAUCCCAAGGUUUUGCCCACACAUAUGCCGGGUUGGGACAGAGAGACUGACUCACCACCCAUGACCAAGGAUUUGUCGACCACCUACAAGCGCAACUCGUUGCCACCCAACUCAUUCUUUGUUCAUUCGCAGCACCUUAAGCAACAGCCACCAUUGCCACCACCACGUACGGUGGCCACAUUGGGGCGCAAGCCUUCGUUGGGUAGGCGAAACAGCAACAGCAUUACCACUUCGCCAGUCAUGCUGGCCCAUGACUGCACCGAGGAGGAGGAGGAGCCCCAAAUAACGCAAAACACAUUAAUUGUUGGCUCAUUGCGGCCCACCGAAGGCUACUAUUCCACACUGAAAAGGAAGAACAAGCCGCCACAAAUUGAGACUAAUCCAACUAAUUUCCAGCAGCAGCAACAGCAAUCAGUAUUUCAAUCUUUUGAGUCGUCUCCCAUCUAUGAGACACCCGAACGCGAAGUGACGGCACAUCUGACACAGAAAGUCUACAAUGUGCAACCGGUGAGUGCGGCAGGCAAUCAGCAGCAGCAUCAGCAUCAACACCAUCAUCCAUCAUGUUCUGCUUCCUUGGACGCCAAUACAACGUCAUCGUUAUCACCACCACCAACGCCCACCACCCCGGUGUAUGCCCAACCCAAGAAAUCGCAUAUACCACGAAUAAUAGCAGCAUCAGGAGCAGCCAACACCAGCCUAAUACAUUCCACAACAUCAACGGCGGCAGCGCCAACAUUACCCACGACACCAACGCUCUUGGCAUCCACUGGGCUGCAAGCCCAGGCACCGGCAUCGGUAUCGGCACCAUUAUCAUUGUCAUGCCCAACCGGCCCAGCCUCAGAUACUGCUACUAAUUGCUGUCAUGUUACACCAAUGCAACUGGAUGACAAUCAAGUGUCAUCCAAGGAAGCGCCGCAAACACCUGAUGUAAGCGCCAACAACCCCACCACCACCACCACCACCACCAUCAGUGACAAUGCAAAGGCUGGCACAGAGGACUUGCCACAGCAGGCUAUGUCACAGUCACGCAUACCGCACUUACAUAGAAAUGCAAAUGUAACAGCCCCCGCAUCGGCACCAGCAACGGCAUACAAUCAGCAACAGCACCAGCAUAACCACCUUAUCAAUAAGGAUAAGACAAAUGCAAAUGUAAUACCCAAAGGAACAAACAUAUUGACAUCAAUUCCAAAACAAAGUUGGAGCACACCCACAGCCUCAUUGCCAAAGGAUGCCACCACACCAGCAACGACCACGACAAAGUCUACUUCCUCAUACCCCAGCGAUACUGCAUCUGAUGAUGCUGUCAAAGUCUACAAUGACAAUGCCAAAGUCUUAGCACAUCCUUCGUGGAGCAGAAAGACUGCAUCUCUGGCAUCGUCAUCGUCAUGCUCGUCAUCCACAUCAUCAUCGAUGCAAUCGGAUUCAGGCACAUCAUCGACAACUUCAUCUUCCACGGGCACCGUGCGCACCGAAUUGCAACAGCAUCUGCACUAGCAUCCGCAAUCAUCAAUCCUUACAGGUGUCGACUUAGCGACAUUUUUCCAUAGAGCUCUCCCCCUCAGCCCCCCAAAAUCCCACCAAGUGUGCAAAGUGUAAAUUUUGUAAAUAUGAACAGUUGAUUUCUUUAUUCAUAUCGGCAUUCGCAUUUGCAUUGAUUUACCACACCAUCUGUCUUGUGUUGAUUAUCCAAAGAGAAAUACAUUUUUAUGACAAAAUAGUAUUAGAAACAAAA